CCCCAGCUCCUCGCCCCGCGCGCCCUGCACUGCCUUCGCUCGCACCCGCACCCGCACCCGCAUUUGCAUUAUGUCCUCUGCUCGCCAGCGUAAGCAGAACCAGGCCUCCGCCGUCGCCGCUGCUCCUGAUGUCCCCGCCGUCGCCCCGAGCCCUGCCACCGGCGGUGCCCCGCUGACCAUCGCCCAGUGCCUGAGCCGCGCCCUGGCUGGUGGCUCCAACUGGGAGAAGGAUGAACUCCUGGACACGGUGUCUGUCGUGCGCAUCUUCUGGUCACUUGCCCUCGGUGCCAUUUGGGGUGUGCUGGGCAUGAGCGGCCUUGUGGGCUUCCUCGCCCUCGCCGCCGGGCUGGUCUUCGCGCCGCUUCUUUUCGCUCGCUUCCACCUGCGCAUUGACCCGGAGCUGGUGGGCUUCUCUUCUGGCUUUUCGGACCUCAUCACCGAGGGCUUUGCUCCGGGCAUGGCUGCGGCCAUGCUUGCCUGGAUCACCCUCUACACGGCCUUCCAUUCGUCUCUCUGAAGAUGUGAUCUGCCCAGCGCCCGGGCUGCACCUUGCUCUUUCUUCCCCCUCCUCCUCCCCCUCGCACGUGCACCGCACAACACAUACGCAGCUCGGGCCGCUGGCGGGCAGGAGCAGCGGGAGACCCCCCCCCCCUGCACCCUCCUGGCUCUCCUGCGCUGCUGCUCCAAUACAAUAGAUGUCCCCC